AUGGGAAAUGUUUUGUCGAUGACUCGUCCGAAUCCGGGAUAUGAGUGCUUCAGACGGUGGACGAAGAAGUAUGGAGAUGUUUUCACUUUUUGGCUAGGUACCUCUGUUUUGUUGUUGGCAAACCUAACUUUUUUAAAGGCGCCGAACCCUAUGUCGUAAUUAGUUCUCAUGAACUGAUGAAAGACACUUUCAUUCGAGAUGGAGAGACGUAUGUGGACAAAAAACCGCAAAAGUUUCAAAAAGAGUUUCGUGGAGGGAACUAUGGCGUAAUCGAUACGAAUGGAGACGUCUGGAGGGAGCACCGACGGUUCGCACUCACCAAUUUACGCGAUUUCGGACUCGGAAAGGAUCUGAUGCAGCAGAAGAUGCUGAUUGAAGUUGAGGAGACGUUCAAAAAGUUCGACGCGCAUUUGGGCGAGGAGCAGAACGUUCCGAAGGUGCUCAGUAUUGCUGUUGCGAACGUGAUCAAUCAGGUCAUUUUCGGAUACCGAUUCGAAGGCGAAAAGGAGGCGGAAUUCCAGAAACUUCAGGAUCUUUUGGACUUUCAAGAAAAGAAGUUCAACAAUUUCAAGACGAUUGUGCGAGUUUUUGUACCCCUGGUGGGCAGACUGCUUCCCGGCGAAAGUUUGGAGGAAUUGUGCGUCGAAUUUUACUUUAUUUUUACACACAACUUUCUGUUUUUCAGACUGAGCGAGUACAAGACAUCGUUCUACGCCUUUUUCGACAAACAAAUCGAGGAGCAUCGUCAGAAGAUCGACUUUGACUCUGAGCAAAAUCUGGAUUACGCGGAAGCCUACCUAAAAGAACAGAGAAAACGGGAAGCCGAGGGCGACUUUGAGAGUUUCAGGUUACUUUUCAGCAGUUUUCAGGCCAACUUUGCCGGUUAAUAUCACUUUUUUCAGUACGAAACAAUUGUCGAAUGUCAGUUUGGAUCUCUGGUUUGCCGGAUUGGCGACCACCACGACAACUCUGUCCUGGGCGAUCAGUUACGUGCUGAACAGUCCGGAAGUUCAGGAGAAGAUGCACGAGGAGAUGGACAGAGUGAUCGGAAGUGAUCGGUUGGUCACCACUGCCGAUAAAAGCGACCUGCCCUUCAUGAAUGCCGUCAUUAAUGUGAGUUCUAGAGGUUUCCUGCUUCGAUCCAUAUAAAAACAUGCAAACUUUUGAAACUGGUUCACCACUGUUUUCAUGUUUCAGGAAUGUCAACGUUGUGCCAACAUAAUUCCCAUCAACCUCCUCCACAUGACCACCCGUGACACCACCAUCAAAGGAUUCGCAAUUCCGCGUGGCACCGGCGUGAUCGCGCAAAUCAGUACGGUGAUGUUGGACGAGCGAGUGUUCCCGGACCCGUACACAUUCAAUCCGGAGCGCUUUGUGGAUGCGCGCGGGAAAUUGAGAAAAGUGGAGCAACUGGUGCCGUUCUCGGUCGGAAAACGGCAGUGUUUGGGCGAAGGGCUCGCCCGCAUGGAGCUCUUCCUCUUCCUCGCCAACUUCUUCAAUCGAUAUCGGGUUUGUGAGGGUGUUAGUGAUCUAAAGAUAUUGUACUCUUCCAGGUUGCGCCAUCAUCUGAAGGUGUUCCAUGUGUCGACAAAACCAAAGACUACGGUGUGACUCCACGGAAGUUCAACGCAAUCUUAACAAAACGUCAUGAUCUCUGA